UUGUGUAGAAAGAAAUAGUGAUUUUGUUAACGGCCAAAUCGAAGAGUGCUGGGUCAUUGAUUAUAGUUAUUGUAAACACAUUUGCAUAAGAAGUAUCGCCCCUCACACUAUUCAUUCAUUCACAUUUGGCAUUUUGUUCUCUUCUUUCAAUCAAACCCCAAUUAUCUCUUUUAUUCAUUCAUUCGUUCAUUCAUCUUACUACUACCACCAACAAUAACAACUCCCUCUUUCAUUGACGAUCUCCCCGAAGCUACUCUCUCUCUCUCAUUCAUUUAUAAUUAUCUCACUCUCACAAACUCUUUCUCUUUCUAUCUCUUACUCUCUCUCUCUCUCUCCUUUCUCCUCCUAUUUUGGAUCUUCAACUUCUCCUGAUUUUGCUGAUUUGGGGGAUUGAGAUUGAAGGACUGUGUGGUGAGGAAAUAUGGCUUCCUCUUCUACAACACUUGCUGGUUCUGCUGCUUCUGAUCUUCUCAGGAGUACAACUACCGGUUUCACUGGUGUCCCUUUGAGAACCUUAGGAAGGGUAGGGUUGGUUUUGAAAAGAAGGGAUUUAACUGUUUCUGCUAAGUUGAGGAAAGUGAAGAAGAAGGAAUAUCCAUGGCCUGCUAACCCUGAUCCCAAUGUUAAAGGUGGGGUGUUGAGUCAUCUCUCCCCUUUCAAGCCACUCAAAGAGAAGCCUAAGCCUGUUACUUUAGAUUUCGAAAAGCCUCUUGUUGAUCUGCAAAAGAAGAUCAUCGAAGUUCGGAAGAUGGCGAACGAAACCGGUCUGGAUUUCAGUGAUCAGAUUCUCUUAUUGGAGACUAAAUACGAUCAGGCUUUAAAGGAUCUAUAUACACAUCUUACUCCUAUACAGCGGGUCAACAUUGCACGGCAUCCUAACAGGCCAACUUUCCUUGAUCACAUCUUUAACAUAACUGAAAAGUUUGUGGAACUCCAUGGUGAUCGGGAAGGUUAUGAUGAUCCUGCUAUUGUUACCGGUAUAGGGACUAUAGAUGGUAGAAGCUACAUGUUCAUAGGCCACCAAAAGGGUAGAAACACUAAAGAAAAUAUUCAGCGUAACUUUGGGAUGCCAACUCCUCAUGGUUAUAGGAAAGCUCUUCGCUUGAUGCAAUAUGCAGAUCACCACGGGUUCCCGAUAGUUACUUUUAUUGACACCCCUGGGGCAUAUGCUGACCUUAAAUCAGAAGAACUAGGCCAAGGUGAAGCAAUUGCUUAUAAUUUGAGAGCCAUGUUUGGUCUGAAGGUGCCAAUCGUGUCUAUAGUUAUCGGGGAAGGAGGAUCUGGUGGUGCUCUUGCCAUUGGAUGUGGCAAUAAAUUACUCAUGCUUGAAAAUGCAGUGUUCUAUGUUGCCAGUCCAGAGGCGUGUGCUGCAAUCUUGUGGAAGAGUUCUAAAGCUGCUCCAAAGGCUGCUGAGAAACUGAAGAUUACAGCGCCUGAAUUGUGCAAAUUGGAAGUUGCAGAUGGCAUUAUACCUGAACCCCUCGGUGGUGCACAUGCGGAUCCAAGUUGGACCUCUCAGCAGAUCAAAAUUGCAAUCAAUGAAGCUAUGGAUGAACUCACCAAGAUGAACACAGAAGACCUAUUAAAAGAUCGCAUGCUUAAGUUUCGAAAGCUCGGUGGGUUCCAAGAAGGAAUUCCUUUAGAUCCCAAGAAGAAACGCAACAUGAAGAAAAAGGAUAUACCUGUUGCUCCGAAGAUUUCUGACUCUGAAUUAGGAGUUGAGAUUGAGAAACUGAAGCAAAAAAUUUUGGAAGGUAAAGAGUCCUCUUCUUCCGAGCCUCCAAAACUCGAUCUGGACGAGAUGAUAAAGAAACUGGAAAAGGAGGUUAAUCAAGAAUUCUCUGAGGCUGUUAAAGCCCUGGGCUUAACAGAGAGGUUGUCGAAACUACAAGAUGAAAUUUCAAAAGCAAAUGCAGAUAACCAAUCUAUUGAUCCAUUGCUGACGGAUAAGAUAGAAAAACUAAAGGCAGAUUUUAAUCAGGGAUUAUCAGCAGCUCCUAAUUCGGGUCGGCUGCAGAAGAAGCGUGACAUGUUGAGAGAGUUGACUAAAGCAAAGCUUCUGACAGAUAGAAGCAAGGAGGCUGCCACACUUAAGCAAGAAUUGAAGAAAAAAUUUGACGACGUCAUGAAUAAUCCUAGAAUAAAGGAAAACUACAAGGCGUUACAGUCAGAAAUCCAGCGUGUCAGAGCAUCCGCGUCAAGUGAUUUGGAUGAUGAAUUGAAGAAGAAAAUCAUCGAGUUCAACAAGGAGGUAGACUCACAGCUGGCUAAUGCUCUGAAGGCAUCAGGGUUAGAUGUUCAGUUAGUGAAACCGGGACGAGACAGCAACAAGUCGUCGGUGCCAGAGAUCGAGGAACUAAACAAAGAUGUAGUACAAAAGGAAAUUGAUAUUUUGGCAAACUCGUCGACAAGUAUUAAGAGCAUGAUAGAGCAAUUGAAACUGGAGGUUGCCAGGGCUGGAGGGAAACCAGAUUCUGAAUCUAAGAACAGAAUUGAGACUUUGACGCAACAGAUUAAGCAGAGCCUUGCCGAGGCCGUAGCCGAGGCCGUUGCCUCGUCUAGCUUGAAAGAGAAGCCUGAAAAUCUGGUGUCUGGAGACGGAAGUUUAAAAAAGGAAGGUCCAACAGGAGACAGUCUCACCGAUGACGAGUUGAGAGAGAAAGUUGGUGCAAAUCGCAACUUUUCUUAAUAGACUGCUUCUCAAGUUGAGUUGGUGAAGAUGGUGUUGACAGUGGAAACUGCAUCAGUAAGAUAUAUUUUACCAAUAUUUUCAGCUAGUUGUACAUCUAGCUUCAUGAUCAUAUUUCUUAGAAACAUGUUUUGAAGAUUUAAAGAAGAUACGAUGCGAAUUGUGGCUGAUAUUUUUCAAUCAUCUUGACUACAAGCGCGAAUAAAACUCAAAACCAUUUUGUAUUUGUUUGAGUUAGAAUGUUGCAGUUGAUUUUAGAAUGACUUGCUUUAUCUACAUCUUUUUUGUUCUUUUUUAUAAUUUAAAAUGUUUCCUUGAAUAUUGACUUAGAUGAACAUUGUAUAAAUUAUUUGUGCUUGAAGAUCAUAACAACAUAUGAUGUUGCGGUGUUUAAAUGUCUUAUUUGCAAGAAUGAUUAUCCUACUUAUUUGUUAGGUGUA